CCCAUCCCAGAUUUUGAAGCACGAGGAAGGAUUCUUUCAAAGAUUCUCGCGGAUAUACCACCAUCGGCCAGUCUAGGGUUUUGGCGUACAAUGGACGAGUGACGGCGAUGGCGGCAGGUCGAGCGUGGUCGUGGUAUCGCAGCCAGCUCGCGGCGCGCCCGGUACGCACGCAAGCAAUCGUGUCAGGGAUCCUGUGGGGAAGCGGCGACGUGAUCGCGCAGAAGAUUAAUGCGUCGAUGCAAGACGACGACGAGGAGAGGCCGAUCGAUCUGAAAAGAACAGCGGCGUGCUGCAUUUUCGGAUUGGGAUUCGUCGGGCCGGCCGGUCAUUACUGGUACCAGGGGCUGGACAGAUUCGUGAAGAGGAAGCUUUUGCUGACGCCAAAUUCUCCGCGAUUCAUUGUGGCAAAGCUCGUCCCGGACGCUUUACUGGAGCCUGUGCACUUGGGACUCUUCUUCUCAUUGAUGGGAUUCACGGCUGGAAAGCCGAGCUCUCAGGUGUUUGCCGACGUCAAGCGAGACAUAGUCCCGGCCCUCCUCUCGGGUGGAAUGGUGUGGCCUCUGCUCCAGGCCGUCAACUUUCGCUUCGUCCCGGUAGAGCACCAGCUCCUCUAUCUCAACUCGCUCUGCCUGCUCGAAAGCGCCUUCCUCUCGUGGGUCAACAAGCAGGAAGACGCGGCCUGGAAGAAGAAACUCAUGGCGUUCAUCACUCCCUCGUCUCCGCCAUCGCCAUCGCCAUCGCCAUCGCCAGCGUCGUCACAGCAGGAGCAAGGACAGGCGCCAUCGCCAUCGCCAGUGAGCUCGUAGAAGCUCGUAGAAGAUCGAUCGAUUUAUCGAUCGCGGUCGGGGGUCUUAUAUAACCAGGAGCGACAAACGAAUCCAACAAGGAGUGGGGUCGAUCGAUCGAUCCAGCAGAAUGGAAAAACAAAACGAAUCCAAGAGUGGGACACUUGGAAAACCUUCCCGGCGAGCGAUUGGUGGCGGACGUACGUGGAAGAUGACAAGAUUCCAAAAGAAAAGAGGUGUUAUGUGCUAAAACUAUAGUUCUUGUUCUUCCAGCAAACAGUGAAGAUCCGCGACCCACCAUAUUCUUAUUCGAUUAAAUCUUAGUGAGAAAGGGUGGGUGAUUUCCUCGA